AUGGCAAACAUUUGGAGGGAAUCUAUUUUGUUCCUUUUCAUAUCCCUUAUCUUUUUUAAAAUAUCGUCUGCUCUUUUGGAACCAACUCCAUUCCCAAACACCUUACGACAAUGUUAUGAAUUAAGGUCGUACAACAUGACGCCAUCAGAUGAAACCGCCAUUAGAAUUCAAAAUGACUGUUACAAGCAGUAUCAUUACCAACAGAUUGCAGAAGGUAAAAUUUGGUCGGGACCAAACGUUACCCAGGAGGGUAAAAAUUAUAUCAACAGUUUAUUUCGACAGUUAUAUGUCGAAGUAAAUAAGAUUUCCACUUCCGACAAGUCCCAAAGACACAAACGACAAGUCGGUAUGGGGAGACGUAGACGAGAAGUAAGAAGCCCAGGAGCUUUUCAACCAUUUGCUCAGUGUAUACAGAGACUGUACAAUACGAGAGUACAGAUGCAGCCCCCACUCAAUGCCUAUCAAGCCAUAGCAUCCAUUCAUACUGGACCUGUACUGGGAACGGCCCAUGGAGGACCCGCCUUUCUGCCUUGGCAUAGGAUUUACUUAUUAAUUUUAGAGAUCGCAUGUAAUGGUAUCCCAGUACCGUAUUGGGACUCGACCGUAGACCAUGAUAUGCAGGACCCAACUAUGUCUGUAGUCUGGAGCGAACAAUUCUUUGGAAAUGGUGAUGGUGCUGUAAUGACAGGUCCCUUCCAAAAUUUUGAAACAGUUAUUCCUGGAGAUUUCCUUACUAGAGAAAUAGGAACAGGUCAGCAGAAUUCUCUUUUUACAAAAGAAGGCCUCGCAAGUGUAUUGAGUCGAACUAGGUUUCAAGAAAUAGUCGAACCAAAAGUUGGUCCUGAAUACAUUUUCAGCUUAGAGGGGCAUCACAACGGCCCACACAAUUGGGUGGGAGGUCAUCUACCGACCCCAGAGCUAGCUGCGUUUGAUCCUGUAUUUUUCAUGCACCAUGCAUUUAUAGACGCAGUUUGGGAACAAUUCAGAAGACGACAAGUUCUGUCCAACAUUAAUCCAGAGCAAGACUAUGCUACGAUUACUCCACCUGGACAUGGACCAAUGGAUUUAAUGGAUUUCCGACCCUAUAAUUUCCAGCUAAGAAAUAUAAAUGGGUUGUCUCAGACCAUAGCGAAUCUUGUAAGGUACGAACCCUUCCCAACCUGUGAAAACAACUGUAAUUCUAGUCCAUUUAUGUCAUGUGAUCCUACCAGAGGAGUAUGUGUAUCUCAAGCACGCCCUACAGCAAUGUUACCACUUGGAAUCGGAGGCGCAGCUAGCUUUGCUAGCCAGCCAGGCCAACUUGCAGCCAGUUUGAAUGCUCCCUCAGUCUCUCGAUUACGAGCACAAGCCCGUGGUCCAAUUCGUGGAGGAGGAAGAUUUCGCUCGUCUCCAUUUACAGACACACGAAAUCGUCCAAAUACUAUAGGUAACGCUCCUGUAGCCCCUGAAUUACAGGCAUUUAGUGCCCAGCUCAGAUCAGGAGGGAGACGAAAGCGAAGGGAUAUAUCCAAAGAACAGGGCACCAAUACAUCCCUUAAUGAACACGUGCAACCCCUGUCUUCAUUGGAACGUGCGUAUACAAACACCUUUAUUAUUGACGGAGUAGUGGAUGUUACAAGAUGGGUUUAUGUGCCAGUUCGCGUUAUCUAUAGCAGAUCCUCCAACUCUGAUGGCAUUGACCCCACACUUGGUGCGAAGAGUCCUCGAAAAAAUCCGAAGGAGAACUGCAUAGGAGUCAGUUCAGGGGCCUCAAAGGUUUAUGUAGCUUCCGGUGGUUUAAACUAUUUCGGAAACUAUAAGGACUUUACUAUCAUAGAUGAAAGGCAGCCUAUCUCCAUCACAACAACAGCUGUGGGUAUCAAAAACCCAGAUUAUGGCAAAGGAGAGGUUUUAUUUACGGCGUACGACUCCUGUGGGCGGCCAUGUCGGCCCCUUUGUUUGACACCUGGGCAAACUAAACAAAAGUACAAGCCUUGUUCCGGAGUCUUCAAGAUCUCAACUGCAACUCCAAAAAUGUACAAAUUUACUUACAAAGAUAUCUUUACUGUUAACGGUUUAGAACACAAUAUAGUGGAUGUCGGUUCUCUCGAAUCCUCUCCCACACUCGUUUUCGUAUGUGGAAAUGAUAAAAUAUGGCCAUGGGAAUAUUAA